AUGGCUGGCCCAUCUAAUUUCAAAUCCCCUACGUCAUUCCUUGUUGUUUUCUCCAAGAGUUUACCUCCUCUUUCUUCAUCAUCAUCUUCAAGCUCCAUGAAGCUCAAAACCUUAAUCCACCCUCUCUUCUUCUCAUACCUACGCCGUUUAGUUCGGUCUCUUUCGAAAGCUAAGUCCUUUCUCAUUGACCCCAUAAAGAAGAGCAAGAGCAAGAACAAGAACAAGAACAAAUUAUUCUUUGGUUCAUUCAGGCUUCAUUAUAAUUGGUGUUCUUCUCAUGUCGUGCCCGUGCCAUCACCGGUUCUAGAGGAGCAUUUAUACUAUGAUUCCACCUGGAAUUCUGUCAUUUCCACCGAGUGCGAGGAUAUGGGAGAUUCAGGGCUUUCAGGGUAUCUCCAAUGGCUAGAAGAGAAGAAGGUCCAUCGCCAUGAGAGUUCUACUGAUAAUAACGAAGAUAUCAAUGAGAUUGACAAGCUAGCAGAUAUGUUCAUUGCAAACUGCCAUGAGAAGUUCAUGCUGGAGAAACAAGAGUCCUAUAGGAGAUUCCAAGAAAUGUUAGCUAGAAGUGUGUAA